AGUACAUACUGGGCCGGACAAACAAGAAGCCCAAAGCAUGGAGAAGCAGGAUCAGGCCAGCCCAGAUAUUGCCACUUCAGGCUGAAGUCCGACCUUGAUGAACGCAAAAAGCGUAAAGGAACUAUGGAAGUACCUCGCUUCAUCGAUGGUGUAAGACCGACGGCAAGGAAUGAAGACAGGUCGGUGAGGUUCUAUUCGCUUUGUCUCUUAAAAAAGCUACCUUCAGAAUUCCAAAGCGAGAGAGAUACGUAUUGUGGGAAAUUUGUGUUCUGAGUGGAACCAGGAGUCAAACAAGCAAGAAAAGACGAAUGCAGGUGGUGGGUUGAUAAGGGCACUCCGGCUCCGUCUAGCCACGUCUCCCAUUUUAUCUUCGUUGUAAAUCUGUUUCUCAGUUUGCCUUACACUCACACGCGCCCUUCUCCUCACCUUCGCAGUCGAUGACCCUCUUACCCACAUGUUGUCAGUCUAAGGACUGCCAACAAGAGAAUGAUAUUGUAUGUCGCCAUUCGUUUCUUCUUUCGCUUUUAAUCUUCUUCGUCUGUGUUUCGCCGAUCAAAUCGACGGUACCCUAGCUCUAAAUUUCGUUUUCAAUUGAGGGGACGCAGAGAGAAAUUGAGGAAGAGACCGAUCCAUUGACAGAGCGAUGCUGGGCCGGAGUCCUCCUAAGCACCGCCACGAUGGUAACUCGCCUCUGCCGCUGGGGAUGGAUUGGAGUCCCCCGCCUAAGAAAUGGAUCAUAUUGAAUCUCAUUUCAAUUGGAAAGCUUGAUGAUGAAGGGUAUGAGUCAUUGUGGCAAUGGGGGUAUAAAAGCUGAAAAAGAGCUCUCGUUGUGGAAAGAGGUAAAAAAUGUUGCUCUCUUUACUAGCUCAAAGCUCAGUUAUCCAAAGGUGAGGUGAACACUGUUUUAGAAGAUUCUCAAACUGAUUUGUGACAUCUAUGAUUUAGCCACAUGAGUAAGAAAUGUUUGGAGGCUUUGAUGAAGGGAAAUUCUUAUCCAAAUCUCAAAGGAUGGACGAGACACUGUUUGGCCACAUGACCCUCAUACGGGAUGGAGUUACUGUGUCAUAAUCCCCUCGUGGAUCCUCCUACCCAUGUCAAGAGAUUCAGAUCCUGUGGUGUUUUACAGGGUUCAAGUUGGUAUACAAUCACCAGAAGGGAUUACUACUACCCGAGCAAUACCGCAUAGAUUCAAUGAUUUCCUAAAACUAUUUACUGGACUUAAAAGGGAAUUUCCCAAGAAAAAUCUCCCCCCAGCCCCUCCAAAGGGUCUUCUGAGACUAAAAAGCCGGACACUUUUAGAAGAGCGAAGGUGUUUAUUGGAGGAGUGGAUGGGAAAGCUUCUGUCCGACAUUGAUACAUCUAGAAGUGUUCCAGUGGCAUCCUUUCUUGAGCUAGAAGCGGCUGCUAGGUCUUCAUUUUAUGAAGCAAAUCAGCGCGGUGGAGAAGCAAAUGCAUCUGGGAACACCAUGAUUUCUUCGCUUGAAGUUCAACCCAAUUCAGAUGUUUCUUUUCUCGCUGGUAGUUCAUCAAUCACAUCAGAUUAUGGGAGUGAUAAUGCUUAUGAGACAUCUGAACUUGGAACACCAAGGCAAGGAAGGGAUAAUAGCUCCGAAAUUGGUCCUGAAGAUCUACCAUUGGAUCAAGAAUUGGCCAGUUCUGUUGUAGCAUUUGUAAAUUUUGGCAUACCUAGUGAUAAUGGUCUUUCUGUGGGUGAUUCAAUUCUAGAGCAGCUGGAAGGAUUUCCUAGGCACAAAAUUCAUACCAGAAGAGAAAAAAGUGUUAUAAACCGGGAUACAUUUAAUGGAGAUGCUUCAAAGAUUGCAUUUCUUUCCAGAGAAAAGAUGGAGCUCUUAUCUGAACCUGAGCAUGGUAAAGUAGCCGGUCAUACUCGGAAGCUCUCAGCUGAGAGUGUUGGAAGUGACAUAAGUUCUGUAAGAGGUAGCGAAAUAUCAAAUUUUGGUGCUGCUACUUCAUAUGGUGAUGGAUCCCUUGACUUUCCUGGAGGAGCUGAAGGUCGAACUUCUGAAAUUCUUGGAACCAUAGACAUGCAGUAUCCAGAAAAUGUACAGAUAGUUCUUCAAUUGAAUCAGCGCAACAAAAUGAAUAGAGUCCUUACGACCAUGCAGCAGAGAUUAGCUACAGCAAAAACAGACAUGGAGGAUCUUAUUGUAAGACUAAACCAAGAAAUGGCUGUGAAAGAUUACCUUACAACAAAGGUCAGGGACUUGGAUGUGGAACUUGAAAGUACAAGAGAGAAAGCCAAAGAAAAUCUGCAGCAAGCCAUUUUAAUUGAAAGGGAAAGAUUUACCCAAAUGCAGUGGGAUAUGCUGGAACUUCAGAAGAAGUGUUUGGAGAUGGAGUCAGAGUUGAAGUCUGAACAGGAUGAAAAGGUUCGUACAGAGUCAACAAAAGUAUCUGCUGUUCAGGAGGAGUUGUUGAUGCAAGAGUUGGACUCAACUGGAGAACAGGUUCGAAAUUUGCAAAAACUUCAUAAAGAACUAGAGAUGAAAUCGAAAGCAGAUGUUAAAGUUCUCAUUAAGGAGGUUAAAUCUCUUAGAAGUUCUCAAUCGAAUCUAAAGCAGGAGCUGAGUCGAUCACUGAAGGAAAAAUCUGAGUUAGAGUUAUAUAUUGACGCUGCUGAAAAAAGUGAACAAUAUCAUAAUGUGCCAAAUCUAGGUGAUUGAAUCAGAUCAUGAUGAGUAAGGGUAACAAGACUGAAAACAUCCCAGACUACUCUUGCUUGUAUUUAUGCUAUGCAUUUGCAUGCCUAUGUCAUGCCUAUGUACUUGAAUGUGACGUAGCUUCUUGCAAGCUAUUAUACUAAAUCCUCUAAUAGCAAUCUAUUUUCUAUUUCUUUCACUUGUCUAUUUUUGGCUUUCCCAAAUUCAUAAGAUAAUUAUAUGGCUUUUAUACAAUUCUAAAUCUUCAUAUAGCUGUUGGAAAUCAGUUUCACUAUGAAAAAGGAUUGCAUUCCUGGUUCAUUAGAAAGGGAAUAAGAAAAGACUGCAUUGUAGAAGCAUUAUAAGAGGCAUUUCUUUGUGCUAAUAUACUUCAAUUAUCAUGAAAUUCGUAUGCUGUUCCUUGCAGUUUCAUGCCUAGUGUUCUUUAAUGGAUGGUGUUAAUAGUUUUCAUUUUUUUUGUUAUCCAUUUUACUUCUUUUUCCAGUUCUCUUUGGUUGCUUUUUGAUUUUGAUUUCAGAUUGAUUUCUUAAAAUAAGUCAAUGAAUACUGUUCUGGUCAAGAAAUAGAAAUUUUUUCAUUGCAUAAGAAAUCCAAUUUGGAGCUCUUGCCGGAAUCAGAGAUGCAUAGGAAGAAAGAUGAAAAUCUGAGCAGCCCGAGUAAACAAUUAUAGAGAUGAUCAUAUUCUAUUGAAGACCUGAUGAUUGCCACCUCCGAGGAACCUAAAGAAUAUCUAACCUGUAUUAGAAAUCAGGGCGACAGGUGAAGAAAUGACUUCAAAUUCUGCAAUUCCAUCCUUCAAUUGCUCCAGAACAAUCUCUGUGACAAGUAUGAGUAAUGAAACCAAGGUUCAAAAUAUCGGGUUUCGACCAGACUGAAAAUUCGGUCAAAAUUUUUGAAAUAUCUGAAAUUUUGAGGAAACCAAGGAAUUUUCGGAAAUUUUCUUGCAAUGAAGGGAACCUUGGUUUCAAUCCCUAAAUUGUGUUUUUUUUGUCUGAUUUUUUGUGUAUGCUCUAUUUUUGACACUUCUAACUUAUUCAAAGAAUUAGUUUCAUGAAAAAAAAAAAAAAAAAAAAAAAAACAAACCUAAAGUGAUACUUGUGGUGCUAACGCAAGUUUGCUGUUUUACAUUUAUUAAAACUGUACUACAUAUGUAAGUAACAAACUAAAAAUGGGAAAUACAUGAUUAAAAGUUUGAAACAAACAAAACAUAAUGUAGAUCCAAUACAAUAUUGUAGCCGCUCCUCUAAAUGCACCAAAUAUGAGUCCCAUGAUAUGUUUUCGGCCCAGUUGUUUUGGAAGCCUAUCACUGCCCAUCUAUAAGACUCAUUAUCAACAUCUCCUAGGUGUCCCAUCGUAGGGAAUGGCUCACUCAAAGUGAUAGGAUGUGGAGGUGGCACAUAUGGUUGGGAUGGAUACCCAGAGAUGCUGUCAACAAAAUAUGACCCACCACCUGAACUACCCUCCUGUCGAAAUGAACUAGAAGAUCCACCAUACUGUCCAAACCUACCACCAAAUCCAAAGGAACCAAUGCUCUCAAAGGAUGGUGCACCGACAUAUACACCAUACGAUGAAUAUCCAUAAUUCGAUGCAACUGAUCCGACACUCUCAAAGCCACUAUCACCAAGAUAUAUUGGGCUAGGGCUCGAGUCAAUAAUUCUAGUGCACGCCAAUGCCCAGAUCCUCGGUCUCAAACUCAUGGCUUCCAUUAUGCCAGACAAGAUGGAUAUUUCUAUGCUUUGGCCCAUCCUAGCUGUCUCAUCUUCAGGUCGGAACCUAUGGCGUGGUCCUUAAGUGUAGCCUCUCUGUUGUUUCGUGGCAUGGGUGAACCUAGUCUCCCUUGCCAAUUUGAUUGGUGAUGGCUGUGGCACUGAGUCCUGAUGCAUGCUAUCCUCCCGCAGGGCAGCUAAUCUAUCAUUGUCAUCAUACCCACCAUCACCAUCAUCAUCAUCAUCAUCAUCAUGGCCUUGGGUCGGGUCAAGGGUCCGAGUGGAAGACGAUGAAGGCGGCCAAUGCUCUUCUUCUUGAUUUCUAGCACCGGGGUGAGACUCAAAUGGACGGGAUGUCUCUGAGUGAACUUUGCCCUCUUCUGACAUAUAUUCAUCAAUGUUAACAUCCAUUUGUGAAGCAAUAUGACUACUAGGCUGACCACUAGGCUCACCUCGAUCUUUAACCCACUCAUAAAGGGGAUCUUCCUCAUCAUCAUCUAUUUGGAAGAUAUUGGCAAGAUUGAUUGGGCAGGUAUCAUUCUUUAUGCCAAGGCAUAUGUGCUUUUCUUUUAAUCUCAUAUUAUAAUGCACAUUCACAAGGUCUGACAUCCACUCAACACC